AUACGUAAUAUCUCAAAGUAUUCCUUUUGCUGUUUUUCUUCAUGUAGUUUUACUUUUUGAACAUAUGAUAUUUUUAACUGUAGUUCUACAGCUGCAUUCAUAAGCAGGGGCACAUAAUUUUAACAAAUGAGCAGUGUAACAAGAGCAACAGCCUUUGUCUGCUAUUGUGGAGAGAAAACUGGUGAUCCUACACCACACUGUCCCCAAGGGGCAUGUCAAAUCAUGGACUUUCACAGGUGUUCAUCAGAAGUCCUGUUACCAGGCAGAGGUGUUCUCAGUGAACUGCUUUUCCAGAGUAAUUGCUGAUAACUACAUUUUGUACGUAAAAAUCCACCGGAGCAGGCAGCUUCAGGAGACCCGGGAGCUCAGAUGCUCCGAGGUGACCCCGGGGGCAGGGCGAGGCCCGACAGCAAGAACGAGCUUGGCCACCGAACUGAGGGAUUGAAAGAGAUCAAUGUGAUUGGCUGACAGCGUUCGAAUUAUUAACCAAUAAUAGUGUGGGAUGUAAAAGUGACCAAUUACAAAGCUGUUCGUACGAUUGUAGACGUCACUGAGUCCAUUAUCCAAUAGAAGCGCUGAUCGCUGAGGCUAGAUAUUUGCAUAAGGUUCCUAUAAAUAUAGGAGUAAUCGCAUUAUCGGACAUUUCGGUGCUACAGAGCCAGCGCGCAGCUUCAGCUAUGCCCGAGCCGGCCAAGUCCGCCCCCGCGCCCAAGAAGGGCUCCAAGAAGGCGGUGACCAAGACGCAGAAGAAGGGCGACAAGAAGCGCAAGAAGAGCCGCAAGGAGAGCUACUCCAUCUACGUGUACAAGGUGCUGAAGCAGGUGCACCCCGACACGGGCAUCUCGUCCAAGGCCAUGGGCAUCAUGAACUCCUUCGUCAACGACAUCUUCGAGCGCAUCGCCGGCGAGGCCUCGCGCCUGGCGCACUACAACAAGCGCUCCACCAUCACCUCGCGGGAGAUCCAGACGGCCGUGCGGCUGCUGCUGCCCGGUGAGCUGGCCAAGCACGCCGUCUCCGAGGGCACCAAGGCUGUCACCAAGUACACCAGCUCCAAGUAGAGUGUCUCGGACCGUCACUUCAAACCCAAAGGCUCUUUUAAGAGCCACCAAUUUUUUCAGAUAGAAGGGCUGAAUACUACUUUUCUUGGGAGGUAGGAGGUAUGUAAACAGCCUGUUUGCACAUAAUUUGAAAAUUAAGUACUUUCAAAUGGCUGAAACGCGACUACUUAAUUUUAAGGGUGGAGGGCUCUUAUUUAACAGUUUGUGCUCACCUUAGAGUUGUACUUGUUUCAAGCUUAGGAUUUCUGGUCUUGAAUCUGUCCUAGUGUUUUGCUAAUUCUGCUUUCAAGAGUUCAGAGUCCUUGGGGGGAAGGUAGGUAACAUUUCAUUUUCUAAGGGGUUUAAUUCCUCUUGGUAAGUCCAGUACAAAAUGCUAGCUGCUGUUAAGAAUUCUGUGCGCUGUACCUGUUAAAUAAAAAAUAAUUUUUA